UAAGAGCUUGGUACCACCAUUGUAUGCGCUUUCUCUCCUGCCUCUCCUCACUGAUGUUAUGCAGUGUCUGGGAGCUUGUCUGUAACCUCCUGGGGUCUCUGUUCCAGGAGGAGGAGGGCAAGGAUGACUCUGACACACUUGAUCUCUACCAGCAGAGUCUGGGGGAGCUGCUGCUUAUGUUAGCUGCAGAGCCUGUGGGCAGGAGACGGGAGCUGCUUCACUCUGAGAUUCAGACUCUGAUGGGCCGGGCUGAGUACCUGAAAGAGCAGAUCAAGAUGAGGGACGCGCAAUCCAUGGGCAAGGAGAUGCUGUCGGAGUCUGUCCGGAGCUCCUGUACUCUGCAGUAACACCCAGGUGAGCAUGGACCCCUGAGGGAUCAGUACAGCACCCAAGGCAACAGAUACUGACAGACCUCCUCAGCACCAGCCUCCUCAUCUGACUUCCCAUCCAGGAAUCAUGUGCAUGCAUAGCGGUUUGCGUACGUGUAUUAACAGACACAUGGAUGGUUUAUAUACAUGCUGUCACGUUAGUUACAGAACACGAGUUUAUCUAGAGGGUUUCACUUAUAUGCACUGUCUGAUGAUUUUACAUAUGUAUAUACACAGUAUAUAUGUACAAAUCAUUGUAAAAAAUGGGUAUGUGCUGUCAUCACAUGUUAAGCAAAGAGAGAAUUUAAAAAGAGCUUUUAGUAUUUAAUAUCAAGGAACAACCCUAGCUCCAUUACUGACCCCUGCCUGGGGAGCUAGGGGAUAAUGGCAAGAUUUAGAGCUUAAAGGGCUGAUCAUACAAACAGGGCAUUUGUAUGUGUUGCUGUAGACUACUGGCCUUUAGGGAUCUGGUGAGGGACAUGAUAACAGAAGGCAGGGGGCUUUAGCGCUACCUUCCUUAAGGAUUCGCUCCCUGCGGCUGCUCCUUCCACACUCACUGCCUCUCCACAAGAGAGUCGUGGAUAGAGGGGCUGGGAAGGGGCUAAGGGGGAUCUGAGAAAAGGGUCUGAGUCCCAUCCCCCUGGCUGCAGGAUGGUAUGAAUGUAUUUCUGCCUAAUCCCCAGUCGCACGCUUCGAUCCCUCCAGUCAGGGGCUCCGUGACUGCGGCAGACGGCCUAUUCCACCCUCGAAUCUCCUUCACUAUUUAAAAAGUGGGAUAAAUAUUGUUUUCUUAAUUUUAACUCCUGCAGAUUCCUCCCCUGUCCCCCUCUGUAAACUCUUCAUCAUCCCCUGCAGACCAUGUGCUCAUCUUUCCUUUGGGCCAUACAUGUUCCUUUCUCCUUGCAAAUCCUCGUCUAGGACACAUUUUUAAAAAAAAUCCUGUCUCCUGAUUGGCCGGUGAAGUGCAGCCAGCGCUUGGCUCUCUGUCCACAACCUGAGGGAAGAGAAGUGGGGGUGGGGUGUACAAAUAUAGCUCGCCUCCCUGGGGCCCCAAGGGGCUGAGCACCUCUUGUGAGAGUCUUGGUAUCUUUCCUGAAAUCAGCGAGAGCUGAGAACACUCAGCAACUUGCAGGAUCAGGCCCUGGGGAUCUAUGGAAGAAAAACACUUAGAAGGGCCUGAUCCAAAUCAAUGGACCAGGCCCAUAGUCUAAGUAUUAUCUACUAUGCACCUUUAAUCUUGGUAAAAGCCACACCAGAGCAUCUCCCAAUGACUGGGAUCUCUUUGGUUGCGCUUUUAUCAAUUCUGUUUUAAUUAUUCAGGGCUCUAUUUUUUUAAUUGGAUCCUAAGCUGACUGUUAAACAGACACGUCUGUAGUAGCUUGUUUUUAAGACUGACUGGAUUGGAAAUCCAGCCAGUUGCUUAGAAAACGCUCAACGGUGUGGGAAAGCCGAACAACAGCUAAAACUGCAGUCGAGUAGGUGCAAGUUUGCUCCUGAGGGCUGGGGUCAGAUCCAUGAUCUGGAUGCUUUUGUGAGCAAUGGAGCUCUGAGUGGAGGCUGAUGUGCCAUGCCGUACAGAGCACUGACGUGUGCAGCACUCCAGGUCGGGCGUGACUAGAGCUGGGCGAAGAAACUUAUAUUUUUUCCAGUUAAAAAUGCAGUUUCGGCAACGCUGAAUUGUUUCACGAAUUCAUGGUGAUUCUGCUGAAUUGUUUUGGUCUUUUUAAAAAAAUGGGGGGAUGGGUUUGAAACUGCUUUUAGUUCUAAACUGUCUCUUAAUUUUAUUAGAACGUGGUCAAAAUCAAAAUAUAAUGGUUUGAUUUUGUCAAAACAAAAUCUCAUUUGCCCCAAAACAAUUUUUUUGUUGACCUUCCAAACUUGCCAGUGAACCAAAAAAAUCUAUUUGCCCAGCUCUAGUGCUGACUCGAGUACUGCAGAUGUGCCUUCAUCAAUGAAUCAGUCAGCUCCCUGCUCCUACAUCAGAUCUCUCAAUCAGUCCAGUCGCUCCGUUUUGGAACAGAAUUUCACCGUGUGCCCUCCCCAAUCUCUUUCUGUAAUACUGUGUCCCUAACCAGCAUUCUCUCAGGCUGUAGCAACACUGUCCUGAAAUGGCUGGGGAGAGAUUAAGCAAGCUAGGGGACCAGAAGGAUUCAUAUCAACCCUAAGAGCAUUGGUCCUACCUCUGUGCACUUUAUUGUCUGAAGCCAAAUACGCCAGCUUGAAUUUAGCCUGACUAAUUUUCAUGCCCUUUAUUUCUGUCUACUUCUGUAGAUCCUGGACUAUCCCAGACAAGGGGAGCCAUUUGCUAUGGGGCAAAGGGGGCAGUUACCCCUCCCAGACCUUGAUUUGCCCCUCCGCCCCAACUUUUCAUAGGUCUCUCUGUUCCAUUCCUUCCCCCCCCAACUUUGCAGGAUACAAUCUAAUCACAUAUAAUGUUCUAUAUGCUGACAACUUUGCCCCCCCUUGCACUCUCCUGAAAUGCUGCAGGCCCCUGGGCCAAAUUCAUCCCACUGGAGGUCAUGACAAAAUUCUGAUUGGGAUCAGGCUUUGGCCUUAUUCCUAUGCCCAUAUAACUGGGUGCUGAAUUGCUAACCACCAGUUCCUCUCUAGCACUGGGUUUAUUGGCUCUUUUUGUUUGGAGCUGCUUUGAGCCACAAUCCUGACUGAUCCUUUCCUCCCUGUGACAAUCUUUACUUAUAGACAUCACUUAACCCUGAAACCCCCAACGUUAUUUUGGACUGAACUGACCCUCACCUCAGCUCUUAUUUUUGAUUCUGAUUUUUCUUUCUGUUCUGCUUGUAGGCGGCUGGGUCGAUGAGUGAGCUCCUCUGGCUCUGUGCACUGUUUUAAAUGUAGGGGAGGGAAAUGUAAAUUGCAGUAGUUGCUUGGCAGGAGGCAGCGCUGUGUGAAUGGGCCCAGCACUGCUCAGAGCUUUUCUCAAAAUCUGCUGCGUAUAAAGAAAAUGUAAUUUAUUGUUGGCUUUAUUAAAUAACUUUCCAAAUA